CGUUAUGCAGGGCUGCACUACUAAGAAUGUAUCACAACGGAAGAGAAAGUAGAUUUCCCAGAACACUGACGCCUAUAUGUAGGUCAGGUGCACAGUCUUACAACCGGGUGCAGGAGACGCAGUGUGCAGACAUCCUAGAUUCCUAUUUCAGAACCCAAAUACACCCCUCACGUUCCACACAGACAUGGCAAAGUUCACGGACUUCAACCGAGACAAGUACGGAGUUGUUCGGGGUAGGUGUCGAGACUGCCCCGAGGACUGUCCUCAGUAUUCCCUACCUGUCCUCAGACACAACUGUACAUAUUGCGGGUGUCCGGCGGGUCAGCAUGAGAGGGUGGAACCUCGACCUGAACUCAUCAUCAAGAUUGAACCAGGGGAGGAGGGGGCAGGAUCUCCGGGGCGGCCUGUUGGAAGAUCACAACCUGGUCUGUCGAGAAAACAGGACGGGCUGCCUACAGCUCAAGCCCAACCUCGUUCCUCCAGGCGAAAUAAGACGCCAAUUGUUUCACGAAAACAUCCGGAUACAUCGGGAGCAGUAACCCAGAAACGUUGUGAGACGUUAUUUGAGGAUACUGGCGUCAAUGUUUCUCUUCUUAAAAGAAACCUUAGAAAAACACAACGUGGCGUGUUCACAAUCCUAUGGAAGGGAUAUAUAAUUUAUGUUGGUGAGCCAAAGAAAACGCCCAUAUUAUCAAGCCUCCGUAGUAUCUUUGCUGGUAGAAGCAACCAAGACAUCAGCACAUUUUUGAAAAGUCUACC